AUGGCUACUUCUACUACCCCCCCAACUACUCCAACCGCUCCGACGUCCCCUUCUCCCCCUCUCCUCGCCUCCCCUUCUACCUCUACCACCGUCGCUAACUUUGACACUCUCGAAUCACUUCAAAACCAUCUCAAAACACUUCUCAUUCACCUUGAUGACCUACGAGCAAGCCGCGACCAGAACGCCUCCCAGAUUAAGGAAUUAUUUCACGCCGGGGCCAACCCAACCACGAAGCGUAGCAUCGAGAAGUUCAAGAAACUUUCCAGAGAGAUUCGGAGGUUUAAGUGGUGGAUUAGGGAGACAAAGAGAGAGCUAGAUCGGGUGUCAGAGAGCUUUGAGGAAUUGUUAAAGCUCGAGGGUGCCGAAGGUGGAGGGUGA